AUAAACAACAUCCGCUACGUCAUUUCCGCACUCCCUGUCAAACAUGGCGCUGCUUUUAAGAACAUUUGCCCGCCGGGGUGUUUGUCUCUCCAAGCCUCACUAUAAUGCCCUCUGUAGACAUGUCGCUCCAAUGGGAAGUACAGCUAAAGAGGAGAUGGACAAAUUUUGGUCCAAAAAUACCAGAUUAAACAGACCCGUGUCCCCUCAUGUCACAAUCUAUAAGUGGUCCGUCCCCAUGAUGAUGUCCAUCACACACAGAGGAACUGGAAUAGCACUCAGUGGAGCUAUUUCAGCAUUUGCUGUGGCAGCUCUGGUGUUACCUGGAAACUAUUCCUACUACUUGGACUUGAUCCACUCGUUGUCAGUCGGCCCAUACCUAAUCGGGUUGGCUAAGUUUGGCAUAGCCUUCCCCUUGUCGUAUCACACCUACAACGGCAUCCGUCAUUUGUGUUGGGAUAUCGGCAAAGGCUUCAAAAUUCCAGACGUCUACCGCACCGGGUACAUCGUCCUCGGUCUGUCCAUCAUCACCUCCCUAGCUUUGGUUGUCAUGUGAACGCUGGAUGACGGGUGAAGGGGAGUCGGAGGGAAUGUGGCUUGGAUGCAGUGUGCAAGCUUUAUUUAUGUGUUUUGGACGACUGCAGGUCCCCCUCAUCAAAAACCUUAAAUAAAGGAUUAUAAUGUGUUUGAGGCAAACCUAAUGUUGAAUUUCUUCUCUGUUUUGCAACUAAUGAGUCUAAAAAAAGCUGUGGGUCAUUAAAAGUGACAGACUGCAAAGUGCAUGCAAACACGACCCAGUUUUAUUUUGUCGCACUCAUUUCUGAGUGCCGAAAACAACCAGGAGCCUAAAUUAGACGUGUCCUAAAUGUCCUUAUGUAAUUUGUCUAAUCGUGCUGUGACGUCAAAUUCAUUAAUCACUUUUACUCCUGCCCAAGCGCUCCUGACGCUGCCAAUCCAAGCUGGGAGUUUGUGGCUGAAAAGCUGUUUAUAAGAAGCUUUUAUUCAUGUAUGUUACCCUCGCCAGGCUGCAGCUGCUCAGAUGCAUUUUUUAACACAAGGGUAGAGGAGCCGGAACGUAGCGAGGCAGGCCGCUGGAGGAAGCUGUGUGCACGAGGCUGCUCCUCACCUGCAGCCUGCUUCAGGCUCUACCUCCCUCUGAGCCUCGCUGCAGCUCAACAGCUUUAGUCCCACAGUGUGAAUGAAGGCAGGUUGCGACGUGGUGUCAGAUCCAGCUCCAUUUAGGAGGCGUUUGUAACAAGCGCACAUGAAAAAGAAGGGUAAACGUUGAGGCAAACACCUCACCAGCUGGUUUUAAAAAAUCUUUCUUGUUUACAUCAACUAAGCCUGAAACGAGAGAAACAACUGAAGCAUUUGAGCGCUGGCUGCAGCCGAACGAAUUCACUGGUUUAUUGCUCGUUGCUGGAAGGGAGUGUGCUUUAAUGUGUUUAUUACAGGAAAAUGUUAAAUUCUCUUGAGAAUAAGCCUCCUGUUCAGAAGAUCUUUGUGUAUUUCACCAGUUUCUGCUCUAAAUAAAUCCCACCUGAUCUGGUGGAGGAAAUCUC